AUGCCACCAGGCAACAGCGCACCACGUUACGAGCAGGAGGUCUACAUGAACGGCCUCGCAUGGCACAAACCUCCGUUCACGUUUCAAUCGGACCAGUGGGAAGAAGAAGCUCGCAAAGUGCUCAGUGCCAACAGUUUUGGAUAUGUUCGCGGUAAUGCAGGCACCUCGGAGACCUACAACAAGAACCUUGCCGCCUUUCAGCGGUGGUCCAUCUUGCCCAGCCGCUUGGUGCCCAGCUUCAAAGAUGACGAGGGUCGUGAGCUAAUGGCCGACGCAACCACCAAGGUCUUGGGUCAUGAAUUGCCUUUUCCAAUGGCUGCUGCACCUGUCGGAGUGCAGAAGAUCUUCCACGCGGAGGGCGAAAUAGCUUCGGCGAGAGCGACUGGCGGUGUCGGCAUUCCAUAUGUGAUGUCCACCGCAUCAAGCACAUCCAUCGAAGAUGUGGCCGCUGCUCAUGACCAAGGUGCAAAGAAGAACGACAAGACACCGGUACGUUGGUUCCAGCUUUACUGGCCCAGCCGUGAGCAUGACGACAUCACGAUUAGCAUGUUGAAUCGUGCCAAAAAAGCCGGCUUCACCGCUCUGUUCGUCACACUGGACACAUACACCCAAGGCUGGAGACCGGCAGACAUGGAUAAUGGAUACAACCCUUUCAUUCAUCCCGAUCGCGUGGGUGUCCAGAUCGGGCUUACUGAUCCAGUCUUCAAGGAACACUUCAAGAAGAAGUAUGGAAAGCCCAUCAGCGAGGAGAUUGGAGACGAGUAUGGCAUAACUCAGGCUGGUGGUAUCGGUGAUGCGGCUAGGGAGUGGACAUACACCAUCGUACCCGGUCACAGCAAGAGCUGGGAAGAUCUUGAAUUCUUGAAGAAGCAUUGGGAUGGCCCAAUUGUACUAAAGGGCAUCCAGACAGUUGCCGAUGCUCGCAAGGCUGUGGAAGCGGGCAUGGCUGGCAUUGUUGUCAGCAAUCAUGGUGGUCGUCAACACAAUGGCGGCGUCAGCUCGCUUGGAGUUCUGCCUCGCAUCGUUGACGCAGUAGGAGAUAAGCUGGAUGUGCUGUUCGAUAGUGGGAUUCGAUCUGGAGUAGACAUCAUCAAGGCCAUCGCUUUGGGAGCAAAAUGUGUGCUUGUCGGCAGACCUUAUAUCUAUGGGUUGGCGAUUGGAGGUGAAGAUGGCGUCAAGCAUGUCUUGAGGAGUCUUUGGGGCGAUGCACUGCUGAAUUUGCAUCUGGGUGGUCAAAGAGACCUUUCUGAAGUCAACAGAGAUAUGCUGAUCAAGGAAGAUGAUCUCUUCCGCUAG